GGGAUUUUAUUGGUUGUUUUCUACUCUUUUUGAUAAAAAAUUGUGACAUGAAUAAUCAAUCAUACAGUAUUAUUAUAAGUUUUUCUCAAACGAGAUUCUAUAAAAGUUGAAAGGAACCGAAAUAAUUCAGUAAGCAAAUGGCAACAACCUCAAUGUAAUAGUUUUCUAUGAAUUUCAUUCUUAAGCCGCUACAAGCUUAUCAUUUGAAGAUUUUUGAAGUUAAACUAAAAGACUAUACUAAUCAAGUUUUUUUUUUUGUAUAUUCGAAUACAAAAGGCCAAUUUGCUUGAAACUCUUCUCUAUUUAAACUCUUUAUUCUCAGUCCAAAUAGACACAAACCAAAUCCACAUCUUUUCUUGCCCUAAAACUCGUCCCGCAAACAAGACAAGUAUAUAUAACACUAAACACUCCCAAAAAGAUGUGUACUAACCAGAACACAAAUUGUGUCAGCAUCUCAAGUAUGCUUCCAAACUUCACCCCGAAGGAAGACGACAUGUUCUCCCGGCGUUGCAUCUGGGUUAACGGGCCGGUAAUCGUCGGGGCCGGUCCAUCGGGCCUAGCUGUUGCCGCCAGCCUAAAACGCCAAGAAGUUCCUUAUAUAAUCCUCGAGCGAGCUAACUGCAUAGCCUCUCUGUGGCAAAACAGAACAUAUGAUCGUCUCAAGCUUCAUCUUCCCAAACAAUUCUGUCAAUUACCCAAUCUACCCUUCCCCGAUGACUUCCCGGAAUAUCCAACGAAGUAUCAGUUUAUUCAGUACCUUGAGUCAUACGCAACCCACUUUGAUAUCCAACCUAAGUUCAACGAGACUGUACAGUCAGCUAAAUACGACAAGAGGUUUGGGCUGUGGAGGGUCAAGACUGUUUCGAGGAAGGGGCUGCUUAGUUCUUGUGAGUUCGAGUAUAUUUGCAGGUGGCUGGUGGUGGCAACGGGAGAAAAUGCUGAGAAAGUGGUUCCAGAGUUUGAGGGUUUAGAGGAUUUUUGUGGUGAUGUUCUUCACGCUAGUGAUUAUAAAUCCGGCGAAAUGUACCGUGGAAAACGAGUUCUGGUUGUUGGAUGUGGAAACUCCGGCAUGGAGGUCUCUCUUGAUCUAUGCAACCACGAUGCAAGUCCGUCAAUGGUCGUUCGUAGCUCUGUUCAUGUGUUGCCGAGAGAGAUUCUUGGGAAGUCUACAUUUGAAAUAGGUGUAACAAUGAUGAAAUGGAUGCCGGUUUGGCUCGUGGAUAAGACUCUGCUCCUUCUCACCAGGUUAAGUCUGGGGAAUACGGAUAAGUACGGCCUUAAGAGGCCGGAACUUGGACCGUUAGAUCUGAAGAACACCGCCGGUAAAACUCCAGUUCUAGAUGUCGGAGCCUUUUCUAAAAUCAAAUCAGGAAAGAUCAAAAUCGUUCCCGGAAUCGUCAAGUUUGGGCCCGGGAAGGUUGAGCUAGUGGAUGGCCGAGUUUUGGAGAUAGAUUCAGUCGUUCUUGCGACUGGUUACAGAAGCAAUGUCUCUUCAUGGCUUAAGGAGAACGACUUGGCGGAGAUUGGGAUAGAGAAGAACCCGUUUCCAAAAGAGUGGAAAGGGGAGGCUGGAUUGUAUGCGGUGGGGUUCACGAGAAGAGGACUCUCAGGUGCGUCGCUUGAUGCCAUAAGUGUGGCUCAUGAUAUUGCUAAUGCGUGGAAAGAAGAAACUAAGCAACAUAUUAAAUCUGUGGCUGCUCUUCACCGUCGUUGUAUCUCACAGUUUUGA